CGCUAGAUUACGGGAUACAGAACCUCGCGGAGGGAACAGAAAACCGAAGAGUGCGAAUUUCAGCGUUUUGCUUUUAUUUUCCUCAGGAUAUCGCAAUGUCGCCAGACUCGAAUUACUUUGACCUGAAAGCGGCUUGAGUUGGAGGCAUUUUGGUUCUCGUCUGCGGGGAGAAAGCCCACACGGUAGUUCUGUGCUGCUGGGCUAGUUGGGUCUACAGAGUUGGAAGAACAACAACCGUUUCCUUUACUACUUUGCCCUGUGACAGUCGAUUCAAUUGACGGAUGUCGCUACUAUGCCAGACUGCGUCCGUUUUUAUUAUUGUGCUGAUUUCAGAGUCCAACUCAGAAUUUGUGGUGUGAAGUCCGCCUGUCUCCCCUGUUAAUGGGGCUCGCUGUGACCGAAUUUGUAACGUUGUGUUAUCUCUGAAGUAACCACUACGUUGACUGGGUUAGAAAUUGUAUGUUGCUAGCUAAUGUGUUAGCACAGAGAGUGAGUUGGGGCGAUAGGGGUACUCAAACCCAUAACAAACCCCCUCUCUCCUCCUCGGUUGUUUUUUUCCCUCACUAUCACGGUGGAAUAAUGCUAUGCUGAACAAACAGGCUGAUGGAAAUCUGACCUGAAAUGUACUUUUAGCUGGCUUAGUGUAAAACCCAGUCUGAAAUCUGUGAAGAAUGCAAUAAUAAGGCCUUGUGUGUCUGUGCGCAACUCACUAAGGAGAACAACAAAGACUUUCCCUCAAUAACAAGAAAGGAUCUAUAAAGACCGACAAUGUCCUUUUUUAAUUUUCGGAAAAUAUUUAAACUGGGAGCUGAAAAGAAGAAGAAACAGUAUGAGCACGUCCACAGAGAUGCGAAUCCUGAGGAAAUUUGGGAGAUCAUUGGUGAACUUGGAGAUGGAGCCUUUGGCAAAGUUUACAAGGCUCAGAACAAGCAGACAGGUGUGUUGGCGGCCGCUAAGGUGAUCGACACCAAGUCGGAAGAGGAGCUGGAGGACUACAUGGUGGAGAUUGAGAUCUUAGCGUCGUGCGACCACAAGAACAUCGUCAAGCUGUUGGACGCCUUCUACUUCGAAGCCAAGCUCUGGAUCCUGAUCGAGUUCUGUGGCGGGGGAGCUGUGGACGCUGUAAUGCUGGAGCUGGAGCGUCCUCUGACGGAGCCUCAGAUCCGCGUGGUGUGUCGGCAGACGCUGGAGGCCCUGCUGUACCUGCACGAGAACAAGGUCAUCCACCGCGACCUGAAGGCCGGCAACAUCCUGCUCUCCCUGGACGGAGACGUCAAGCUCGCGGACUUUGGUGUGUCAGCCAAAAACACUAAGACCAUCCAGAGAAGAGAUUCCUUCAUUGGAACGCCUUACUGGAUGGCUCCGGAGGUGGUGAUGUGCGAGACGUCUAAGGACCGUCCGUACGACUACAAGGCGGACGUCUGGUCGCUGGGCAUCACGCUGAUCGAGCUGGCCCAGGUGGAGCCGCCCAAUCACGAGAUGAACCCCAUGAGGGUGCUGCUCAAGAUCGCCAAGGCCGACCCCCCCACGCUCAUGCAGCCUUCGAAAUGGUCGCCGGAGUUCAGUGAUUUCCUUCGGCGGUCGCUGGAUAAGAACGUGGACAACAGAUGGAGCACAGUGCAGCUUCUUCAGCAUCCGUUCGUGGUGAACGUGACAGAGAACCGGCCACUCAGGGAGCUCAUCGCAGAGGCCAAGGCUGAGGUCACCGAGGAGAUCGAGGAGUCCAAGGAGGAGGAGGAGCUGCUGGAGGAGGACCAUGACAACCAGAUGGUUCCCGGCCACAAGCGCGCCUCGUCGGACGCCAGCAUGGCCAGCUCAGAGGACGAGAAGCUCUCCCAGUCCCCCUCCACGCUCGAGUCUGUGCCCGAGAAGGCCGAGCCCGGUGUCCCUGUUCCCACCCCAGCUCCUGCUCCUGCUCCUGCCCCGACCCCAGCCUCUGCUCCUGCUCCUGCUCCUGUUCCCGCUGCUGCCCCAACACCUCCACCCGCAGCCGGAGACGUGGCUAAAGCAGAGGAGGUCCCUGCUGCUCCUCCUGUGGAGAACCACGUCCAGGAGCCUGCUGCCGCAACCACAGAGGAGGCCGUCGUCAAGGUGGAGGACAAGGAGGAGGAGAAGGAGAAGGAGGUGGUGGUUGAGAAGCAGCCUAAGGCUCCGGCAGCAGAUGUUAUUGAGGAGCCAAAGGUGGAAGUUGAGAAGGAGAAGGAGGAGAAGGAAGAAGCUCCUUCACCAGUAGUGGAGGCGACAGAGCCUGUGGCUCCUGCAGUGGAGGAGAAGGAGGUGAAAGAGGAGGAGAAGGCAAAGGUGGAGGAGAAGGAGAUUGCAGAAGCCGAAAGCGAGAAGGACAAGGAUGAGAAGGAGCAAGAGAAGGUGGCAGUCGAUGCGGCGGCCACGGAACCCAAAGCUCCUGCCCCUGCCGUCCCAGAGGAGGUGCUCACGCCUCCAGCCUCCCCUGCCCAGAAAGCUCCGGAAGAGGAGGAGAAACAGGCGCCAGUCAAGCACCGCUACGAGCGGGAGAAGGACCGCGUGAAGGAGAAGGAGAAAGAGAAGGCAGCGGACACGAGCAACGUGUCAAACGCGGACAGUAGCAGCGGGGACCUCAACUUGUCCAUCUCAAGCUUCAUCGCCAAGAACAAGGAGGGCAACGCCCUCACCUCGCAGGAGGUGAAGCGCCAGAAGAAGACGCUGAAGAAGACUCGCAAGUUCAUGGUGGACGGCGUGGAGGUGAGCGUGACCACGUCCAAGAUCGUCACCGACAACGACACCAAGAACGAGGAGAUGCGCUUCCUCAGGCGCCAGGAGCUGCGUGAGUUGCGUCUCCUCCAGAAGGAGGAGCAGAGGGCCCAGCAGCAGCUGAGCAACAAGCUGCAACAGCAGAGGGAACACAUCUACAGACGCUUCGAGCAGGAGACCACGAGUAAGAAGCGUCAGUAUGACACGGAGGUGGAGAACCUGGAGCGUCAGCAGAAGCAGACCAUCGAGCGGCUGGAGACGGAGCACACCAACCGCCUCAGGGACGAGGCCAAGCGCAUCAAGGCCGAGCAGGACAAGGAGCUGUCCAAGUACCAGAACAUGCUCAAGAACCGCAAGAAGGAGGAGCAGGAGUUCCUGCAGAAGCAGCAGCAGGAGCUGGACUGCGCCCUGAAGAAGAUCAUCUCUCAGCACAAGCACGAGCUGGCCACCAUCGAGAGGGACUGCCUCAACCACAAGCAGCAGCUGCUCAGAGCGCGUGAGGCAGCCAUGUGGGAGCUGGAGGAGCGCCACCUGCAGGAGAAACACCAGCUGCACAAGCAGCAGCUGAAGGACCAGUACUUCAUGCAGAGACACCAGCUCCUCAAGAGACACGAGAAGGAAAUGGAGCAGAUGCAGCGCUACAACCAGCGUCUGAUCGAGGAGAUGAAGAACAAGCAGACGGCGGAGCGCGCGCGGCUGCCCAAGAUCCAGCGCAGCGAGGCCAAGACGCGCAUGGCCAUGUUCAAGAAGAGCCUGCGCAUCACCUCCGCCACCGUCUCCCCCGAGCAGGAGAGAGAGAAGAUCAAACAGUUUGCGGCGCAGGAGGAAAAGCGCCAGAAGAACGAGCGUCUGCACCAGCACCAGAAGCACGAGAACCAGAUGAGAGACCUGCAGCUGCAGUGUGACGCCAACAUCAGAGAACUGCAGCAACUACAGAAUGAGAAGUGCCACCUGCUGAUUGAGCACGAGACCCAGAAGCUGAAGGAGCUGGACGAGGAGCACAGCCAGGAGCUGAAGGAGUGGAGGGAGAAGCUGCGGCCACGCAAGAAGGCGUUGGAGGAGGAGUUUGCGCGUAAGCUGCAGGAGCAGGAGGUGUUCUUCAAGAUGAGCGGCGAGUCGGAGUGCCUCAACCCCAACGCCCAGAGCCGCAUCUCCAAGUUCUACCCCAUACCCAGCGUGCACUCCACCGGAUUCUAACACACACACACUAUAGAGACUGUAAAACACACACACACACACACACACACACACACACACACACACACACACACACACACCUCCACGUUCUAACCCGAUACCCAGUGUGCACUCCACCGGAUUUUAGCACACACACUAGAGACUGUAACACAAGUGCGGGCGGACACACACACACACACACACACACACACACACACACACACACACACACACACCUCAAAGUUCUAACCUGAUACCCAGCGUUCUCUCCACCGGAUUCUAACACACACAUACACACAGAGCCAGUUUUACCAAUAAGCCAUUUAGGUUGUUGCCUAGGGCCCCAUCAAAUUUGCCCAACAGUCAGCUCCACCAUGGUUAACGUGCACGCACACGCACACGCACACGCACACACACACACACACACACACACACACUACAGUAGGCCCUGGAGACCACUACAAACACUAGUCUCGUACAUGACGUCUACACAAGGACAGACAUAAAGAAAUCCACUCUCUCGGAGAGGCAGCAAUGCACACUACAGACUGUCUCCUCCUCUGCCUUGAUAUGAAAACCCUAUUACCGUCUCCUCCCCACCCCCAAUACAACAUUGAAGUGGUGGAUUGAGGAAAAGACCUGAUCUUCUCUUUUCUUCUCUUCUUUCUCUUUCUUUCUCUCUCGUUCAUGCUUUUCUUUCUUAUAAAGUCUUUGUCUUUCCUGUGUCUGGACUUUUUUUGUUUUGGUUUGUUUUUUUUUUGUUUUGGUUUUUUUAUUUCACACUUGUUGCUUGAGUUUCCGACUGGAAGAACUGUGGUAGAAAACUAUAUAUGCUAUUUCUUUUCCCCUUUUUUUGUUGAAGACACUCCCUCUAUUCAGUUGUGGCUACGUUUCACUUUUUGAGGACGGUUUGAAGGAUUCACUGCUUUUGUUGUUGUUCUUGACGCACAAACACUUAAAGAUAAGAAAAAAAUCAAUCUUAGUGCCUAAAACAAUUUCAAGUUUGUCAGUUGUGCCGUGGGGAUAAGCUAUUGGAGAAAAAAAGUUAAUUGCUGCUAAAUCUGUUGGUUGUCUUUUUAUACUUCAGCAAGGUUCUUUGCACUUAAGAACUGAAUUAAAGUUUUGUAGAGAGAAGACAUAGUGACACUUAAGAACCGGUAAUGUAGCGUAAUCAACAUGAUCCUUUGUCAGGUGUCUAUUUCCUAACACCACAGUUGGCUAACUACGUUAGCUACAUUGUUGGUUGCAAUGCAAUUCAACACCCAAGCUACUAAUGGGGGGGUACAUUUCUCAAGUUGCUAACUAAAAAACGCACCCCUAGUUACCAUAGCAACUAAGGUGCUGGUAAAUACACCCCAGAGUAGCAUGUCAUUGACAAAACCAAAACAUCCAAGAGAACAAAAUGAAGGAAGGAAGGAAGGAAGGCAGGAAGGAAGGAAGGAAUAAAAUAAAAAUCUUUUUUUUUACCUACUCAGCCCAUGAUAUCAAAACCACUAUUGUACUUUGGGAAUGGAAAUGGCACAAAGGAUGUACGCAGGUUUUUUAAAGGUUUGAUUUUAAAAAAAAAAGAAGAGAGAAAGAAUUUAUUUGUUUUUAACAAUUUAAAUUUGACCUAAAAAAAAAGAAUGAUUUGACGAUUAAAUAUUUUUAAUGGCCUAAUCACGGAGCAUAUCAUUUUUGUAGUGCAUUUCACAUUCUUGGGAUAUUAAGAUAUUUAGGAAAUUAAUUGAAUAAAACUUAAAAUAAAUGAGUAAAUAAAUACGCUGUGGUGGAUUUGGGAGAUUUGUUUGCUAUUGUGCCUUGGUAGAACGGAGCUUCAACUCCGUCCUUUCUUGUUCUCCGGCUCAGCAAUGAGUUUUCUAUUAUUAUUUUUAACUUGCAUUAUUUUGCUUGGAUCUGGAAAAAGUGGGUAGAUUUGAUAAAGGACUAUACUGUUUCUACAAGUAUAUUUCCUCACAUAUCAAUGUGCGGGUUUUUUCUCUUUUUCGGUUGUGACUGUGGUGUGUAUUUGUGGACGUGUUGUUUUGUUUGCUGCUGCCUUUCGAUAAAGCUACGACUUUGCAGCGCACUCUUUUUUUAUGUUUCUUGGUCAUAAUUGCGCAAAAAUAGCAACCAACACCCAAGUUAGCAUUUCCAUACCAAAUAGCCCAAUCUUAGGAGGCAUGGUUUUGAGUGUCUUUCUUUCUGUUUAUAAUAAUGAAAGUACCUUAAGCAUUUUUUUCUAAAAGGAAUGACUAGUUUACCCUCAUUUCAUGUAGAAGUUACCUCGUCCAUUUAAUGGGCGCAUUGAAUUAUGGAAUUAUUAUUCUAAUUUUUUUAGAUAUCAAAUUGUGCUACCUUUUUGUAUUAUUACAUUAGUUUGAGAUUGUCGUAUACUUAUCACUACAUGAGGGCAAUUGAAUAUUGUUCUCCAUUUUUAUUAUUGAAAUGUGCAUCAUCUCAGAACGGAGAGAAUUUUUCAGAAAAGACAUGGCAGUGUUUCUAAUGGAAGGGCAGUCUAAUUUUUGCAAAUGUAUUCUUGCCGUGGUAAUCAAUCUCUCUCUCUCUCUGGUAACAUCAUAGCUGGUAGUUUUCUCUGUUUUUUUUUUAAACACUAUGAAAGUGCUUGCAUUGAACUUUUUAUCGGUGACACUUUCAAUUUCAACAAUCCCUGUUCUAGUGUAGUCUAUGUUCGUACAUCUUUAAGUACAGAAGGCCAGCACGACAACGUUUGUAACAAAAUGUUAAAUUACGAACUUGGCAGUAUUCACAUAGGUGAAUAUAACUACAUAACUACAUACAUGUUGUUUAAUGUGUAAAGGUAGGCCUACAUUUCAACAGGGAUCGUCAAAUGAAAGUGUUGCAAAUGUUUUGUAAACUGCAUAUGCAAGACAGGAAAUUCAGGACCACUUCGAUAAGUGCAAGCACUUGUCGGAUGAACUCCUAAUACAAACCUUUUUGUUUUUGUUGUUAUUAUUAUUAUUAUUAUAAAUUGUGAACAGCUAUAACUCGGGUCACAUCAAUAUAUGAAGAAGUGCUGAGCACUGAGCUGAAGAAGAAGAAAAAAAAUCACAAACUUAUUUAAAGACGACUUUUGUCUGCUGUCAAGAUCGUAAACAUAAACUAGAAUUAUUUGGAUUGUACUGACGGAUUCAUUUUUUUCACUCAUGAACUUGUAUUUGACGAGUAAACAUAAUGAUUCUCUAGACACUACUAUUUUCAUAAUCAUUCGCUCUUUUUUUCCCGUUGUUGUCGUUUUGACAGUGCUGUGCAAUGCCAGUCAUCAAAAUUUGGAGAAGGCUCGGGUUUGCAUUUUUAAAUAAUGUCUGUAACCAUGUGAAGCAUAAUGUGUAAGAACAUGUCAUGAUUUUUUUUGAAGAAGAAGAAGCCACAAAUGAUGUAGUGUAAUUAAAUUGUUUCCUGUAAAUAAUAAAAGUUGUCAGCUUAU